ACGAACGUGUACGUGUUGCCCUUUCAAAACUCAAAGAUGUGCUCAGUCGCAGGGAGUCUUGCGAAAAUACACGAGGGAAUCAUCAGCAAAUGAAACCAGACUCGGCAAAUCAGAGCAAAAAGGAUCAACGCCUGGAGCGGAAGAAACGAAAGGCUUUGGCAUUUUUGGAAUUGAUGGAGCUGAACGAGCGAGAUAGAGAGACAGCAGCUGUCAAACAAACAUCACCGUCAGAGGAAUCGCAGCAACCAGAGCAGAAAAAGGCAAAACUCGAGGAAGUCGACUAUCAAACGCUGAAGACGGAAGUCAACAAAAAACGGGACAGGAUGCGGAACGUUCCGAAGCUGCGGCUGAAGGAGGUUGGCCAGGAAGCGUUGAUGAAGACAAAGCCCGAGGACCGGGUUCCGCUGCUGAUGGAUGACGUGCAGGCGCUGUUGAUGCACACACUGCUGCGGACCGAUUCUCCGAUGAGUCCGGGCCGCUGGGUGGCGCUGGAGAAAUCGGCCAAGUUGACCCACACGACGGUGCUGCUGGUGGAGGGUCUCACGUCGGACGACUUUGCCGAGUUCGAGCACGAAAUGCCCGAGUGUAAGAAGAUAUUUCAGCACAUUCUACAGGUGGUGGCACCGAGUGACAGGUUGGUGGAGGAAUUGGCCUGCGUUCCGCUGUCCGACACCCACAAGGACAUCCUGCUGGCCGAGUAUGGUUCGCUGGAGGCCGCGAUGCUCGGUUGCAAGGACCAUCUGCUGAUCCGGCGAAGCAUUUUCAACAACAUUGCCGGUUCGGACGCCGGUGUCGAUCCGGACUACAGCGAGCUGGAUCUGCCCCCGGGGGACAAGUUCCCGCGGACGCAACUGCUGCUGUCGCCGAUCCAGAUGAUCAACGAAGAUUACCCACUGCCACUAACGGGCAAUCUGAAGCAUCGCUACAUCGAUUACAUUACCACGAACGACCAUUAUGCGCCGGUCACGCCCAAGUCGCCGAUGUUUGGCCUCGAUUGUGAGAUGUGUCGGACCAGCAUCAACGCGUCGGAACUCACCCGCGUUUCGAUCGUUGACGAGCAGGGCCAAGAGUUUUACGAGUCGCUCGUGCGGCCGAACAACAAGAUCAUUGAUUAUGUGACGCAAUUCUCGGGAAUUACGCCCGAGCUCAUGAAGAACGUGUCCAAGACGUUGAAGGACGUGCAUCGGGAGUUGAAGAACAAACUGCCCCCGGAUGCGAUCCUGGUGGGUCAGUCGUUGAACUUUGACUUGAACGCACUGAAGAUGAUGCACCCGUACGUGAUCGAUACGAGUAUUUUGUUCAACGUGACCGGCACGGCCGGAACCAAGACGAAGCUGAAGGUGCUGGCGAAAAAGUUUCUCCAGCAGGACAUUCAGAGUUCCGCCGGAGGUCACAACUCGAUCGAAGAUUGUUCCGCCUCGUUAGCGCUCGUCAAGUUGAAGCUGUCCAAGAACAUUUACUACGGCGAUCAGUGGCUUCAGGAUCGCCGAAACUAUCACAAAAAGGCCAGCCGCAUUGGAAUCGCGACCCAACAGGAAGUUCAACGCUUCGGGGCCGAUGCAACCACGACGGAAAUAACCACAACGCUGUUUGGGCAAGCCCGCAAGAAGAACAAAAAGUCCGCAAUCGUGACGAGCGCCAACAAUUUGGACAACUUUGGCAACUAUUUCGGUGAAGCGAUGCAGGCGAACGCCGAUGUGAAGAAGCUGCUCUGCUUCCAGAAGCUGGACUCAGACGAGGCCGUCAUCGAGCAGACCGUUGACAAGUGUUUGAACUACGAUUUCAACCUGAGCUGCAUCCAGCUCAAGCCGGAAGAUCUGGCCACGGUGGACGCCAAGCGCAACAAGAUCCGACAGAUUGACGGCUGGGUCCGGAAGCUGUACGGGGCCAUUUCGGUGAACGGGCUGUUGGUGGUGCUGCUGGCCGGCGGCGAGGUCAGUCCCCAGAGCCGGAUGGCGGUCGCGAUGGUCGAAACGCGCAAGUGUUGAGUGGUGGUGUUGUUGUGGUGUGAAGUGAUUGAAUUCUCUUUCGGUAUAUCUCGUUGAAAUGGAAUAAAAAAAAAGGUUGAAUUCUAUAUACGUUCCGUUAACAGAA